UCGAGUGACAUAAAGGGAGCCGCUUUUUCUCCUCGUCCUCCCCACUGCACGGAGCGCGUUUGAGACAGCCCUGUCGGUUUAAACCGGGAGGACACCCAUACCGACUUCUCAAUGCAAAAAAUAAAAGGGUAGCUAGAAGCAGGGGCGAGGGGAACGGAGGUAAAGCGAACGCUGUCGGUCUGUCUCUCUCUUUCUCUCUCUCUGGUUUAUAUCACAUGAAUGAAUGAAUUGAGUAGUAAAAGGACACGUACAAGGAAACACGCCUCCGCCUGGACGACAAAACGCGUUUGAUAUUUGACUUGUGUUCAAUGGUACGUGUUUGCAUCUGCCAAAACCAGAGUAGGACGUCUCAUCCCCCGUCAUCUGAAGCACUCCAGAAGGUGUAGCAAGCUGAAAGUCCUCGCGGCGAACAUGGCAACUUUAACGAACGGACAGGUGGACGCCGCGGUGCACGGAGGAGCGGCCAGUACGAACGGGCUCGUGAACGGAAUAAGCCACACUCACAGUCCCGCGAGCUGCGCCACCAUUCCCAUGAAGGACCACGAUGCCAUCAAACUGUUCAUCGGACAGAUACCCCGCAAUCUGGACGAGAAGGACCUCCGGCCGCUCUUCGAGGAAUUUGGCAAGAUCUACGAGCUCACCGUGCUGAAAGACCGCUUCACUGGCAUGCACAAAGGCUGUGCCUUCCUCACAUACUGUGCGAGAGAAUCUGCGUUAAAAGCUCAGACGGCGCUUCACGAGCAGAAGACGCUACCUGGGAUGAACAGGCCAAUCCAGGUGAAGCCAGCUGACAGUGAGAGCAGGGGAGACAGAAAACUGUUUGUGGGUAUGCUGAAUAAGCAGCAGUGUGAGGAUGACGUGCGGCGUCUCUUCGAGUCUUUCGGCAGCAUUGAGGAGUGCACCAUCCUCAGAGGACCUGACGGAAACAGCAAAGGUUGUGCGUUUGUGAAGUACUCCACUCAUGCAGAAGCUCAGGCCGCUAUUAGUGCUUUACAUGGCAGCCAAACCAUGCCUGGCGCUUCCUCCAGCCUGGUGGUGAAGUUUGCAGACACAGAUAAGGAACGGACCAUUCGACGCAUGCAGCAGAUGGCCGGUCAGAUGGGCAUCUUCAAUCCCAUGGCCCUGCAGUUUGGAGCGUACGGUGCCUAUGCACAGGUUCAGCAGCAGGCAGCGCUGAUGGCGUCGGUGGGUCAGGGGGGGUAUCUCAGCCCGAUGGCUGCUUUUGCUGCCGCACAGAUGCAACACAUGGCCACCAUCAACGGCCUCCCUGGGGCUCCCAUGACCCCAACAUCAGGUGGAAGCACACCCCCUGGCAUCACAGCACCCACAGUGACCAGCAUUCCAUCUCCGAUUAGUGUGAACGGUUUCACAGGCCUGCCUCCUCCUCAAGCCAACGGCCAGGCCCCGGCGGAGGCCAUGUUUACCAACGGCAUCCACCCGUACCCAGUGGUUUUCAUGUCCAGUGCCACAGAGGAAAGCAAACGCCUGUCUCCCGGCUGUAUCCCAGUUUUGCAGGAAGUGGUGUUUAGGGAAGACUCGGAGAAGGGCGGCCUGGGCGUCGCACAGAGAAGUUGUUUUGGGGUUCAGGGAAGCUGCUUCCUGUCGUCUCUCUCAGAAGCUCAGAGUCCCACCGCUGCAGACCCUCUACAGCAGGCCUAUGCCGGAGUCCAACAAUAUGCAGCAGCCUUCCCCGCUGCAUAUGGACAGAUCAGCCAGGCCUUUCCCCAGCCGCCUCCCAUCAUCCCUCAGCAGCAGAGAGAAGGGCCGGAGGGCUGUAACCUGUUUAUUUAUCACCUCCCUCAGGAGUUUGGGGACGGCGAGCUGAUGCAGAUGUUCCUGCCUUUCGGUAAUGUCAUCUCCUCCAAAGUGUUUGUGGAUCGGGCGACAAACCAAAGUAAAUGCUUUGGUUUCGUGAGUUUUGAUAACCCGGGCAGCGCUCAGGCCGCAAUCCAGUCCAUGAACGGCUUUCAGAUCGGCAUGAAGAGACUCAAAGUGCAGCUGAAGAGGCCAAAGGACGCCAACCGCCCAUAUUAGCCCCGUCCCGAGCCCCAGACACCCCUGACCCUGGGGGUGAAGGCCGCCGCUGCGCACAGGGAAAAGACAGGUUUUGUAGAGCUGGAACACAUGUUGAUAACAUGCCAAAUGUAUUUGAAAUCACAACAGAUCAAGAUCAUUGGGGCUGGGGAUAGAACUGAAGCGGGACAUGAGGAGGACGGAGCCGUGUGAUUUUUCCACCACCACCACGAGGCUCAAUGGACCUUUUUUUUUGGACUUCAGUGUUAAACUCAGGGGAGCCGCGGUGUUACCGGACCAUACCGUACUCCCUUCUCCAAACCCCCGAGCCCUUAUUUUGCAGGACCACUGGACACUACUGAAGACCAACACAAAAGUAUAUAUUUAAAAAAAAAAGAAAAAAAAGAAAGAAAGGAAAACAAUGCCAGCCCUUGGAAGGCUCUGAAUAAGUAGUACGGAAGAAGAAGAAAAACACUUUUUAAAACUACGGUAGACUUUUAGAUGGGAAUCAUGUAAUAUUGAAGACGUCUUUGGGAAAACUUUUUAAAGAACUGUUUUAGAAACCAACAAAAAGGAUCAAAAAAAAAAAAACUUGAAAGAACUUUUUGGAAGGAUGUGACAAUUCAGGACACGAACUUGCUUCGACUCGGGAUGGCCAACUUUUUUUCUUGGAGUGCCUGUCCGUUUCCAGCGGCAUCGGCUGUCAUAAAGCACAGCCUGCGUCCGCUGGGAGACUCACCUGUCAUUCCUUAGUUGUGUAGGGACCAAAUGACCAAACCUUUUUAUCACAAAUGAAAAGAACAAAAAAAGAAACAAACGAAAAAAGACUUGUUCCUGUAACAUAAUCGGACCACUGCAUCUCUUGCUGUGCCAAUCGGUUUAAGAGUUGUAUUUAAGAAGAAAAAAAGAAAGAAAAAAAAAGAUAUAUGUAUAAAAAGAACAUAUAUGACUAUAUGCAUACAUAUAGAUUGCUGAUAUGCUUUUGAAUACUGGCAGAACUAUUUCUGAUGGCCCGUUGAGGCCGUUCACUUCGCUAGUUUACAAUUACUGCUCAAAAUGAAGAAUAUUUAUUUUUAUUUCUCUUCUAGUUUUUCUCUGUGGUGAGAGAAAGGGUGCAUGGGAAGGGUUGUUCCAUAUUGCAGCCUUACCUUUUCUAUCUUACGUCCUGACCUUGUAGUUAAGAGACCAUCUUAAAGAGGUUUGAGAUAAACAAUCCUGUUUAUAUAUAUAACGUACAUACGAUAUGUAUAUGUAUAGCAGACAUUCGAGCAAUAUGUAUUCAUAUGUAUGCACUUGUACAGCAUAUAUAUGGAUACAUACGAUAUUAAUCCCAAAACCCAUAUAUGUAUUUAUAUGCAUAUAUUUUAUAUGUGUGUAUAUAUAGAAAGCGGCUAUUCAAUAUGUAGAGCUGUAAUUUUUUUGUAGAUUUAAGCUGGAGUUUGAAACCACUGCUCUGCUUUGGACUUUUACCACUGGGAGAAAAAAAUAUCUCAAAAAUCGGCAGCUGCGAUCUGCAGGCAUUCCUCUCGAUCCUAUAUAUAUAUAUAUAUCACGUUCCUUAUCCGCCAACAAACACAGACACAUACAAAAGCAUAAGUUCAAGGGUAAGAAAACUGAUUCAAUUUGUGUAUAUAUGUGUAUAUGCUACUUACAAAUGCAAAAAGGCCUCCUCUCGUUUGAGAGUUUAAAGAGAAUCAGGAUCGUUAGUACAGAAUAUGGACAUAUCUGCCUCCCGCCUCAUUUGCAAACAAACAAAAACAAAAACGUUAUUGGCGUUUUUUUUGUCGCGCGUUCGCGCAUGCGUCGUCGAAUCGUCUGCAGUGCGUCCAUACACCUGACAGCACUGUGCUACGACACCGCUAGCAGCCAUUCAUUAUUAUGAUGAUGUCAAAACAACGCAAACACUCGACUUCUUUUUAAAAAUGCAAACGAAACAAAAACACGACUACUAUAGCUACAGCUAUCUGCGAAGCCUUCAAAUAUUUGUUGACAAACCUGUGCAGCUUGACACCGCCAUUUACCGAAAAACACCCACUCGACGUGUUCUGCUUACGGUUACAAUGAAGUGGGCAUUAUGUACGUUUUUGCACAAGUAUCGUCAGAAUCCGCAUCACAUUGCGUGUUUACAUGUGCCGCUUCGAAGAGGUUUUCGAUUUUCUCGCGUUUAAGGACGACUUUUGGUUAUGCUUUGCAACUGCUCUAUUAUUGUUAUUAUUAUUAUACAAGAUGGCACUAUUGUAAAUAUAAACGAAGAUUCAGUGGGGGGGAAACAAGCAGUAGAUAGUUCACCUCAUUUCGAAGGGGAAUUCGCUUCUGACGUGUUCCGAGAAUGUUUGCAUCUUGCCUUUUUAGAUCUUUCCGACACAUGAUCAUUCAGGUAUUCCAGGAUCGUUUGCCAGGAUAUGCAUUCCGUCUGUUGGAUUUUUCCGUCUUUCUCUCGCUCAUCAUCUUCCUCCUCGUUAACCGUUUUCAGCUGCAACUGUUUACAUAGCAAUCUGGAAAAAGUGUAAAGUUGACAAAACCGACAAAGACGACAGAAGUUUUAUUAUAAAUAUAUAUAAGUAUAUACAUGAACUGCUGAAUAUACUGUAAAUGUUUUUUCUCUUUUUUGCUCUGUUCCUCUGUAUAUAGGUUUGCAUAUUUUAUAGUCUUUUACUUCUAUCUAGAAGGACUGGAUGACAAUUUAAAGACAAAACAAGCUGAAUUAAAAGCAGGUAAACUCUAGUCCUUAGAGAUGCAGUAUGGCUGUAAGGUUGAUUACGAAACGUACGAGAAGCCAAUCAGAUUCGAUCAGAACAUUUUAAGGUCACUUUUGGAACUGCUGCCAACAUGAGUAUUUAUUUGCCUAUUUAUGUAUUUCAUUUAUGUCAUUUAUUAAAUUAUUGUUUUAUUUUAUUAUUUUUGAGCUAUUAAUAUGUUUGUAUCCACUCUGAAUAUCAUUUUGUCAUUCGAGAUGCUUUUUUAAAAGUAUAUUUUUACAUGUUUUUUGUAUCGUGAGACCCAAUGGAACAAUGCAACUGGCAGAAUCAGGGUAAUCCUUUAUGGAGAAUGUAGAACUCAUGAAGGACUGGUGUCAAAAGUUUUUUGCUGCACCUGUUAGAACUGUCUGCUGUUUUCUUCUGUUCUGCGAUUCCAUGCGUCUGUCAGAACUCCGAUGUGCUUCACUGCUUUUUCCAAACACACUGGAAAGAAACAAAAAAAAAAGAAAACAUGGAAGAAAAACUGCACUAAUCCAUCAGACUCUCAGCAACUCUGGUUUUAUAGCCGUUCUUCAUUAGCACUAACUGUCUUCAACUCAUCAGAAACAGUCUGAACUUACAGAAACAAUGCAGUAAAAUGAAAAGAAGAAAAAAAUUCAGACAUUUUGAGCACAGUUGAGCGUGCUGGGUAGUAUCUGUGGAUUUUUGCCAAGCCUAUCACAAUGAGAUUGAGCUGUAUUAGCGGUGGAAGUGCUGCCGCAGCUCCUGCCCUGUUCUCAACUCCACGUUUCUCUGGUCCCUAGACUCUCUUUUGUAAUUUUACUGAAUGACGCGUUUCCGCUUAAGCCCAGUAAUAAAGCACAGUGUAGAAUAAAGCAGCAUUAAGCUUGUCCC